AGAGCAGCUCGCGCGCUCAGCAGACCCACAGGCUGACCGUUCCUCUUCAUCAUGAAAAUUACAUACGUCAAAAAGCCUUUGUUCCUCAUGCUAGCAGCUUUGGGGGUUUUAAUGCUCCAUCUAUAUAAAGACACGAACAACUCUCAACAUGAUGACAUUCGAUUUCAAAAGAAAAAGUUCCAGGCAGGUGUUGAAAGUGAGGCAAAAGAAACCCAUUCUCAAGCUACAAAGGUCAACUCCUAUGUGUACUCUUGGCCCAAGUGUGAACGCAACAUGUCUGCAGCCAACAUCUCAGACUUUAACACUCUACCAGGUCACAUUAAAGACUUCUUGUACUAUCGCCAUUGUCGGCACUUCCCUAUGCUCCUUGACAUUCCCAACAAAUGUGGCGGGCCGGAAAAGUCCUCUGAUGUGUUUCUCUUGUUGGUGAUCAAAAGUUCUCCUGGGAAUUAUGAGCGGAGAGAGGUGCUGCGCAACACAUGGGCCAAGGAGCGACAACAUAAUGGCUUGCGGAUACAAAGGAUUUUUAUUUCAGGGAUAUCAGGCAGCGGUCAGGAGGCACAGAGGCUCAACAGACUUCUUCAGGUGGAACACAAGUUAUAUAACGACAUCCUGCAGUGGGACUUUACAGAUUCUUUUUUUAAUCUUACUCUGAAGCAGAUUUUGUUUUUGGAGUGGGCAGAUCGAAACUGCCCCAACGCUCGCUUUCACUUUAACGGUGAUGACGAUGUUUUCGCCCACACAAGCAACAUGGUCGAGUAUCUCCACGACCUGCCAGACAAUGAUGGCAGCAAGCAUCUGUUCAUAGGGCAUCUGAUCCAGAAUGUAGGUCCCAUUAGGUCACCAGGAAGUAAGUACUACGUGCCGGUUCAGGUGGAGGAAUCAGACUCCUAUCCUCCGUACUGCGGUGGAGGGGGCUUCUUACUGUCUGGCUACACCGUUUCAGUUAUUUACGAUAUGUCUAAAUCCAUUCGAUUGCUCCCGAUCGAUGAUGUUUACAUGGGGAUGUGCCUGGCCAAAGCCGGUUUACGUCCGGAGUCGCACACAUUGGUGAAGACUGCAGGACUGUACAUUCCCUCCAAAGUAGAUGAAUAUGACCCGUGUUUUUACAGAGAGGUCCUCCUAGUGCAUCGCUUCCUUCCCGGACAAAUGUUUCUCAUGUGGCACCAAAUAGAGAAUCCAAACCUGCACUGCAGUUCUUCGUUCAAAAUACAUGAAACUCAAUAGGGGACAUGAAGCAGACUUAAAAGGACGAGAAACAUUUUAGCAUUCUGUUGAUUUUUGGGGUUUCUUUUAAGUUAAGUUGCUUUUUGUAUGAGCAGCCAUUUUCUGCACUCAAAAAAUGAAAUGUUGAUCCUAAAUUUAAAUAUUUGUCAUGGCCGCAUUUGAUAACAUUUUUAUAAAGCGCUUUUCCACCAUCAAGUUAAAGUGCUUUACGUCAAGGAACCACUCACCGAUUCACACACCAAUGUACACAGACACUGUGGACAAGGUGUGUUAAGUGCCUCGCCCGAGGCCACGUGGAAGUAUUCAUCUGUGGAAACUGGAAUCGCACCGCCAACCUGUGGGUCAGUGGAUUUGACCGUUCUACCGAUGAUGUUUAUGUAGAAUGGAGUUAUGGAGUUUUGAACCGCCAACUCUCUGAUCCACUGACAAACACUCUACCAACAACCACACAUUCAUACAUUUGUGUACGCAGACACUGGGUAGGUUAAGUGUCUUGCCCAAGGACACAAAGACAGCAUUCAUCUGUGGUAGCUGGAAUCGCAAAGCAAUAGUUGACUAUACAAGUUUACCAAAAAAAAUAUAUAUGGAAAAAGGAGACACAUUUUAUUUUUUUGAGUGUGGAGCUGGAGUUUCUGUGGCCUUGGACAUACUCUUUCCUGAAAACAAAGGAACUGAUGUCAUUGACUUUUAUUGUAUUAUAAAGGAAGGAAGCAUUUGUUAACUGCUGUAUAGUAUUUGUUAUAAGUUUAUAUUUCUAAAGAUAGACAGUGUUUUUUAAAGUUUUGUGCAUUAUUGUGAAUUGAAAAUGGCAGCCAAUGACAGCCAUUUCACAGAAUGGAAAUAGUUGUCCACAAACUGCAAAUAUGGACCAGGGUACUGUUGCCAAAAGUUGCACUCAAGUUGUAGUCGAGUACUUUUCAUAUCAAAAUACUAUUACUCUAGUAGAAGUACAAAGUAGUGGUCCAAGAAAUUACUCGAGUAAAAGUAAAAGUAUCUGGGGAAACUACUACCCAAGUGAGUGUCAUUGUCUGGAUGCCUUGUUUACAGUUUAAAGUGAAUGUAAUUAGAAGGAUAAAACAUUAAAUAGAUAAACUGUAAAUCUAUUAUCCAUUAUCCUUGGGUAGACCAGAUCAAACGUUUGGGCACUCUCUCAUUCGAUGUUUUUUUUUCUUAAUUAUUUCUACUUUCUGCAUUUUAUAUACAUAGAAAAGACAUCAAAUUUUACUUUACUACAUAAUUCCAUAGAUCUAUCUUCAUAUAUGAUGUGUAGAAAACAGUUUAAUUAAUGAGAUGCCAUGUCCGACCUUUUGACUUGUAGUGUAACAUUUGUCACUUGCGGAUUUACUCACACUGGGGAGAGUAACCAAAACUUUUAGUAAGUAAGAGUGCUGUUAUAUUACUCAAGUUGGAGUAAAAGUAUGCAAACUAAACUAUUGCUUAGGUAAAUGUACUUAGAUAGAUCUGAGUAUCCACUUUGGAUGCUGUAUAGCCUAAUGCCUCUGUUGGGCAUUCAGGACAGACGCUGGAUACAUGGCAUUUAAGGACACAACACCCCUAAAUGUAUUGUCUUUAUUAAGAUAUGAACUCACACCCAUGUCAUACUGUGUCGUACCACAGGAGAAGAUAUUUAAGAGCUUUAAUCCAUGUUGUAAUUCUGUUAAUCCUCAAAAACAUAUCUGGAGUUGUGUUUUGUUUCAUUCACACAUGUUUGAGUAACUCUUUAUUAUUAUCUGUGUGCAUCUCCAAAGCACAAAAUGCUCUGUUCUACUUUGUGAUGUCAUGACUAUAGUUUUCAAAUUAAAAGCUCCUUUUACUUUUAGUUCAGUACAGAUUGGAAAUUCAAGAGCUGAAAUUAUCCAAAUGAUUUUAUUAAAGGUGUGUGCAGUUUAAAAACAAAGUUAGCACUUCCUGUAUUACCAGUGUUUUCUGUUUGAGAGAAAAAUGCCGAAAAAUGCAGGGUUUGUGUGUUAAACCUGUGAAUGAAACAAAACACAACUCCAGGAAACAGUAUAAUCAUCAUUAUUUUAAAACAACGGCGUAAUAUGAGCCCUUUAAGAUAGUUAAACUGGUUCAUUACAGCCACUGCCUUACAAAUAGAAACAACCAAAAUGAAAUGGGGGGAAAAAAGCGCUGUAUGUAACAACAAUACCUAAACUGCACUGGCGAGCUUUACUUACAUUACAUUUAUUUAUUAACAACUCAUGCGGCAGGAAGCCAUGAAAUGCAGCUAUGAAAUAUGUGCAAUGGAUAGCAAUACUGUGCAUUUGAAUGUUGGGGUUGUUUUGUAUUGGGGAUAUUUGCUGAUACGAUGCACUUUCUGACUUACUCAGGUAAAUGCACAUAUACCUAUACCAAGUAUCAUCAUGUGAAGAAUUUUAUAUGCAGUUUGAUUCUAUACUUGAGCUCUAAUUAUGUUUAUUUCUUCUUUUUUUAAAUAGUUUUACUUAUUAACCAUGAAUCUGAUUUGGGAUGUGUUAAAACUAGUUUUAAUGAGGUGUGAGUAAAAGUCACACUGAACACUGAAACUUGAAAAUGAAGAAUGUUGAUGGGUUUGUUUGUUUGGUGUAUAUAUAUAUAUAUGGAGUACAGAGUAUACAUGUUAUGGGUGUAUAUUAAUGUGGUUAACUGUUUUAUAUUUUUUUAUUAUGAGUGUAAUGGUUGGUUUCUUUGAAGAGUGGAACAUGAUUCAACACUGAACUGGCCAUAAAAGUUACACGUGUACAUGGACCUCCCUGUAAUAAAAGUGGGCUUCUGG